GCUGAUACAAGCGGCGAUCGCUCCCAUCCGUCAGUCGCGCUCCAACCGCGAACCGCUGAGCACGUGUUGCGUGCAACAAAUCGGUCUUUGACGGUCCGCACGCUCCAUCAACACGUCGUCGCCACCGGCACAGUUGAAGUCGUCACAGCGCGGCAUGUGCACCUGACCCCAGUCGCGAUACAGGCUCCAAUACGACCCCCAUAACAAGCACAAGUGAGUGAGGACCCUUCAGGAUUGUCAAUUAUUUGUGAAAGUUUUUUCGUGAAACCCUUUACGUGAAAAUUUCAACGAUUCUUCAACGGUACCCCUACACACCAUCAAAUCCAAAAUGAUACCUCGGCGGAAACACAACGCAUCGUCUGGUUCGCUACCACCCCCUGACGAUAAGCAUGCCAGCAAUGAUUAUAUACUGUCGGACAGCGGAGCUGGUGAAGGGUGGCGGUCACUCAUAAAGCGACGGCUGAACCGCAAGACGCUUCACAAGAGAAUUCCGAUAACCGCCUGGUUACCUCAGUACAACUUGGAAAAAGCUAUAGGUGACCUCAUAGCUGGUAUUACGGUGGGUUUGACUGUAAUUCCGCAGUCUCUUGCCUACUCCAACAUCGCUGGUUUGCCGCCACAAUAUGGUCUCUACGGUUCUUUCUUGGGUUGCUUCAUCUACAUUAUCUUGGGUGGAUGCCGAGCUGUUCCCGCUGGACCCACAGCUAUUGCCUCUCUUCUAACAUGGCAAGUCGCUGGAGGCGUAAUAGAAAAAGCUAUCCUUCUUAAUUUCCUCACUGGACUAAUUGAACUACUAAUGGGAGUACUUGGGCUUGGAUUCCUCAUCAACUUCGUAUCAGGUCCUGUGUCUUCUGGAUUUACAUCUGCAGUAGCAUUGAUGAUUGCUACGUCGCAAGUUAAAGACUUAUUCGCUAUUAACGUGAACGGUACAACGUUCUUGCAACAAUGGAUAUCAGUGUUCAAGAAUAUUCACCACGCGUCCUUAUGGGAUCCAAUACUUGGAUUCAGUUGCAUUGCGCUUCUACUUUCUAUGAGGAAAAUCGGAAUGAUCAAACUUGGUGAGAAUUCUUCAGAUGGACCAAGCACUCGGCAGAAGGUGUUGACUAAAUGUAUGUGGCUACUCGGGACCUGUCGUAACGCCAUCGUCGUGAUCCUCACUGGAGUCCUUGGCUUCUGGUUCGUUACGUCAAAGGGUAGCGCACCUUUCCGACUUAUGGGUGAAGGUGUACCGGGCGGUGCCAUACCAUCUGGAGUACCAACACCGAUGAUACCACCAUUCAGCUACGUGAGAUCUGAUAAUACCACAGCAGAUUUCGUCGAUAUGGUCUCCGAACUUGGAUCGGGUUUAUUGGUGAUACCUUUGAUAGUGCUGCUUGAAGAUAUUGCGAUUUGCAAGGCGUUUUCUGGCGGGAAAACGAUUGAUGCGACUCAGGAGAUGAUCGCUCUUGGACUGAUGAAUGUUGGCAACUCGUUCAUGCAGGCAUACCCUGGAGGAGGGUCGCUUGCACGUUCCGUAGUGUCCAACGGAUCGGGAGUGAAGACUACUUUCAACGGACUUUACACUGGUCUGAUGGUGAUCUUCGCCUUGCAGUUCUUCACGCAGUACUUUGAGUUCAUUCCGAAGGCGGCAUUGGCUGCCGUCAUCAUCUCUGCUAUCCUGUUUAUGGUAGAAUAUGAUGUCGUCAAACCAAUGUGGCGAGCCAAGAAGUUGGACCUUAUCCCUGGCCUCACGACCUUCGUUCUCUGCUUGGCGUUACCGAUAGAGAUGGGCAUCCUCACCGGAGUUGUGGUCAACAUUGUGUUUAUCCUGUACCACGCUGCUAGACCUAAAUUCUCCGUAGAAAUGUUAAAAACUGAACAGGGCGUGGAAUACCUGAUGAUAACACCGGACCGCUGCCUCAUGUUCCCGUCCGUGGACUACGUGCGGCGGCUCGUCACGAAGUGCGCGACAAGCAGCUCUGUGCCCGUGGUAAUAGAGUGCACUCACAUUUACAGCGCCGACUACACCGCCGCCAAGAGCAUCGAGCAGCUGACCGCGGACUUCCACGCGCGCCAGCAGCCGCUGUACUUCUACAACGUGAAGCCGUCGGUCUGCUCGAUCUUCGAAGCGGUCGCCAAGCCGGAGCACUUCGUCGUCUUCUAUGAAGAUGACGAGCUCGAUCGGCUGUUCGCGGCGGACGAUAGGAUCGCACCCACUAAACCCUCGCUCCCGCUCAACGCUUAGCCUCGCGAUACGGACUGUUUGUGACGAACUCGGCGGUCGUGCUCGUGGUCUUCCUGCGGCUAGUAAACACUCCGCCGAGUGAACCUCCAUGUGAAACUUUGCGAUUAGAUGACUUUGGAUGGCCACUGGUUGACGGGAGACAGAUUUUAUACCAAUACUCUAUUUUUGGUGAACUUUACCGUUUUAGAAGCAGUAGUUUUCGGGCUGUACUAUACAAAAUGUUCCAGAUUUUUUGAACGCUCAUAGCUGGUGGUCAUUUCGAACAGUCGCUUCAGUCGCAUGAACUAUAGAUGCUCUAUAUUAGUAGAUGUAAGGGUCGGAAGGUGUAUGGCUGUGCAGCUGGGAUCCGGGGACCGGACGUCCGCAUCCAUCAGUAUUAUAUACAACCGCUAUGUGAAUUAUACUCGAGAUAAUUGUUCAGCUCUAUUAUAGAAUAAAAAUACUCGAUGAGUAUACAUUUUGGGAUCAUAUAACUCACUAACAAAGUUGAGAAAUUUACCACAUUUGCAUCGACUCGCGUGCUGUUGCUUUUCAUUAUAAUUUAAACAAAGCUGUUUAAUGUGCUAAUUAUAAUCAAAACUUCAUCUGCUUUAUGUAUUAAUACAUGAGAAAUUAACUUGAAAUUUAAUCAUUUGUCGCCAUAUUUUGUAUAUCGCUUUACAUUCAAUCUCUACGAUAAAUGGUCAGGUUUUAUCCAUAUUUCAUUAAUACAUCCAGAUAAAUCCAGAUAAAUAGAUAACGAGGAAUAUUGAUGCAAUGAAUUUGUUCAUACAUAUGUAACUGUUAAUGAAAAAGCUAUAAAUUGAAUCUUGAAUAUAAAUAAAAUCUUUAACAGAGCCAGAACAAUUCUCUCGAGCAUAGUGUCGGCAUGAGAAAGAAUGAUUCGUGAUUGGCAAGACUGCGACACAAACAUUCAAGUUGUAAAUUUAAUAAAACAAAAAUUAUUUCAAAUUAUGUCAUGAAAAGUAUUUGGUAUCCCUUGAAAACAUGUUUUGUGUCGUGGUUUUGCUGCCCCAAGUAAAAGACGAUCCGAAACAAGCGGACACAAUAUCUACCUUCUAAUUAUUACUCUGAUCUGAUUAUUACGCUAUAAAAUAAUCUUUAAAUAUGAGUAUUUGAGUAUUAUAGUAUUACUUUUUUUACAAAGAAUAUGACGUAUAUAUUGACUAUUUUUCUACUGAACUUAGCCUCGCAUCGGAUCGUAUUUACUGAGGUCGGUGAGGAGUUAUAACCCCGUUAAAGUUAGGUAAAAGUAUGUUUUCAGCUCAAAUCUUGCGUAAGGUUUACGGUAACGAUGUGGUGUUUAUAAACUUAUUGACUUAUACGAUAAUUUCUAUUUAUUUGUAUGUGUAUCAAUGAAAUAUAUGAAUAUAAGUAUUCUAUAUCGACGCGACGCUAGUAUUUCAAAUCGUCAACUUCUCAGUAGCGUUUAAAUUGUUUAAAACAAUAAUACUUCAUACAGUAGCAUAGAAUAUAGGAGAGAAUACGUGUGUUUUGAAGCGAAUCUUGAUGUUGUAUUGGGAAAUAAUUGUAAACGUAGAUUUUAAAUGUGUUUCUACUUCAUUCUGCUGCGUCGCGUCGAAUCUUUAGCUUUAAUAAGGAGAUUGUGUGAGUUAGGUGUUGGUGACAAGGCGAAAUGUUAUUUUCUAUUCACUUCUUGAUAUUAUGAAAUGAAUGCAACACGAUACAUUGCUGUACACUAUACUAGACGCUUAUCAUCAUUCGAACGUCAUCAUCGAUGUAUUCCUGCACAAUUUCAAUUACGAAAUCCGUAGAUAAGUGUAUUUAAUCUACAUAUUUUUGAUGCAAAUGAAUAUGUACUUAAUUCUAGUAUUAAUAGACCUUAUAUUGACUCAAUUAGGUUUUGCAAGAUUUAAGCUGAACCGUCUAUUAACCCCUAAGUUUCCGCAUAGCGUUAUUUUUUUAAUAAUGAUUUAAGAGGACCCUAGGCGUCUCUCGCCAUCGUUGUGAUUGUAGAUUUAAUAUAAAUUUAAUUAUUCAUAUGUACUUAUGCCAUGAGUUAUUACGCCAUGUCCUUAAUAUGACUAUAAUCGUGAUACUUAAAGAAUUGUUUAAGUAGUAGUUUAUUUAUUAAUAGGUGUUUAGAGUACAAGUUAGUUUGUAGAGGAAUUUAAUAUCAUUCUACUUAUAGAGACUAGGGGUCCAGUGCGUCGUGGGAUAUGCAAGUGCAUUCUUGUGUGAGUGUAAGCCUUUGAAUGUAUUGUUCACAUAGUAUUAUUUAUAUAUUAAAAAUCAAACAUGUUUAUGGAACCAACUACACCAAAAUAAAUCGUUAUGAUGUAUUUAAUGAAAGUUCUGACAUGCCCAUAUUAAAGGGUAAAGGAAUAAAAACAAUUGAAUUAUAAAAGACUUGCAAUUGUUUGAAUAGAUGUACAUUGGAAUUCUGUGGCAUAAGGAACAGUUUAACAAAAUAAGGGCAAAUUCAAAUGUAAUUUUUAAUUUUGUAGCAUUGAUAUGCUUUUUAUAAAUAAGAAAUUUUGGAAGAAUAAAAAAAACGCGGGUUCGAAUCCUGCCUCGCGAUCAAAUUUUUUCUAUUCUUUCAAAAUUUCUCAAAUUCAAAUGUCUCAUAUUGAUCGGUUGUCAAUAUGUGUUUCAUAUACUCAGAUGAUUAUUUAGUGCUUAUUUUAAAGUCGCCAACCGAGCCGAAAAAAAAACUGUCAGUUGGCUUGUAGACCUAAACAUGUUUAAAUGAACUCAAUACAAAAUAUAAAAGUGGCCAAAACUCUACAAAACCCUCCUAUUUUUACUAUUGAAUCAAUUUAUUAAAUAUAGCAUUUUUGGAAAACGUAUUUUCAAUUCUCAUAGUACAAAUACAGUGAUUUAUUUAUGUAUGGAACAAAUUCUAUUAUCGAAAUACUAUUGUACCUAACUAAGAAAUAUGAACCUUAUGCAAACAUGAUAAAUACAUUUGCAUGUCUUGAUCGUUUGUUUGUUAGUGUGAGUGGUGUUACGGCGCACAAACCCUCUGAAACGCCAUCAUAUUUUCAUCUUGUGAUCCACAAAAUAUGUUUAACAAAUGGAAGUUAAUGAAAUUGAUAUUUUAAAGAAAUGCUUUAGAUUAAAAAAAUAUAUAUUUAAAUAUU